CCUCCCGCCCCCGCAGCACGCCGGGCAGUGCUGUAGCUUUAACACAGGCGGUGGAAGCAGGAGGGAGGACAGCGGUGCCAGGUCCAGCCCCGAAGCUGCCGCAGAUCCCUCACUCCUGGCCCCAGUCCCAGCGGCGCUGCCUGCCAUGGGGAGCCGCAGGGUCCUCGCCGUGGUCCUCGCCUUCCUCGCCCUCCUCUCCAUCGCUGCUGCCCGCCGCAAGCUGCUGGUGUUCCUGCUCGAUGGCUUUCGCUUCGACUACAUCGACGACAAGGAGCUGGAGAGUCUGCCGGGCUUUCGGGACAUCGUCAGCAUGGGGGUGAAGGUGGAUUACAUGACCCCAGAUUUCCCCAGCCUCUCCUACCCAAACUAUUACACGCUGAUGACAGGUCGCCACUGUGAGGUCCAUCAGAUGAUUGGAAACUACAUGUGGGACCCAAAGACAAAUGUAUCUUUCGAUAUUGGCGUGAACAAAGAAAGCCUGCUGCCUCUCUGGUGGAAUGGAUCGGAGCCUUUGUGGGUCACAAUGACGAAAGAAAAAAAGAACGUUUUCAUGUACUACUGGCCAGGUUGUGAGGUCGAAAUCCUCGGAGUCAGACCAAGCUAUUGCCGCGAAUACUUCAGUGUCCCAACAGACAAAAACUUUGCAGAUGCUAUCAGUGACGCUCUCGAGUCUUUCCGCAACGGCAGUGCCGAAAUGGCCGCGGUGUACUACGAGCGCAUCGACGUGGAAGGCCACCACUACGGCCCCUCGUCCGAGCAGCGGAAGAGUGCCUUGAAGGAGGUGGACAAAGCCUUGAGCAACAUGAUCACCCAGAUCAAGAGCAAGGGCCUUCAGAAUGAUGUCAACGUCCUCCUCUUCUCCGACCACGGGAUGACAGACAUCUCGUGGACGGACAAAGUGAUUGAGCUGAAGAACUACAUCAAUAUGAGCGACACCAUUCAAAUGAAGGACCGUGGUCCUGUUGUCAGCCUUUGGCCAGUUCCAGAGAAGCACACAGAGAUAUAUCAAAAAUUGAAAGUCGUGGAGCACAUGGAUGUUUAUAACAUACAGGAUAUUCCAGAGAGAUUUUUCUACAAAAAAGGAAAAUUCGUUUCUCCUCUAACUCUUGUUGCUGAGAAGGGAUGGUUCAUAGCAGAGAGCAGGGACAAGCUGCCCUUCUGGGAGAAUGGCACGGGGAAGAGGGAGGCCUGGCAGAACGGCUGGCACGGCUACGACAACGAGCUCAUGGAGAUGAGAGGCAUCUUCCUCGCGUACGGGCCAGACUUCAGAUCCAACUAUCGAGCGCCUCCAAUCAGGUCCGUGGAUGUCUACAACAUCAUGUGCACCCUUGCAGGAGUACAGCCGCUGCCAAACAAUGGCUCCUGGGACAGGGUGGAGUGCAUGCUCAGGAACACGGCCGCCCUGGCACCGCUGCACCAGUGGAGCAGCUGCGCGCUCGCCCUGGCUCUGCUCUCGCUCCUCGCCCAGCAGAUCUGGUCGCUGUGAUCCCCGAACAAUGUUGGUCACUGUCACAAGCAACUUGAUCCUUCUCCUUUUUUUUUUCUUUUUUUUUUUUUUGGUAUGUGUGUGUUUUGUUCUUUGUUUCUGUGUGUUUUGUUUUUUAAGUCCUUCAUUUGAAUAAUAGCUUUAUUAAUAGACUGCUGUCCCCCGCUCAGCCGUCGUGCUCCGCCAGGCGUGAAUCCGACCCGUCCUGCUUUUACAGCAGUUGUAACGUGAAGACAAGGUUUGUGCUGCUUUAAACACAGCCAGGAAAGCUGGUGUCGCUGCUCCAGAGUUACAGAGCUGGUGAUGGGAGCAGGAUUCAGGCUGGCUAACAGCAAACUUUUCUGGUGGGUGCACGUGGAGAUCCCUGGACAUCCAGCACUUCUUACCCCAGCACACUUAACCGAGAGGCUCGCCCUUGUUCCUGCUCCUGAGAAGCUCAGGGGUGGAGGCAGACCUCUGUGCAUUUACCUUGCUGUUUCUGGCUUACUCCUUUAUCUCCAGCAGACCUCCACUUCUCCUUACAGUGCCAGCCAAGCCCAGUCCCUACCAACCCAUUCAUCAGAGAGCCAAGCUCUUUGCUGAGCAAUUGUAGUGCCAAGAAAGGUGGAUCGGCAGGAAAGCAGUGAGAGCAUCCUACUUCUCCCAGCCUUUCCUUCUUUGUUUUCCCUUAAAGCGAGCCCUGGCACUGCGUGCCCCUGGGGCUGGGCUUUCAUAAGUGACCGCAGCUGGAGGGAGGGGUGGGGCAGGAGGGGACUGAUGGAAAUCCUCCACACCAAAAACUGGAGGACAUUGAAAUGGCAUCUGGACACACCAGGUUCAGGAGCAAGUACAAUGAGGAAGCCUGGCAUUUAACAGCCUCUCUGCUUUUCCUGGUGAAGAUGAUAUCACCUGCUUAGUUGUUUUUUGUUAGUUUAUUUUAUCCAAUGUGUUUCUGAAGGUUUCCAACAGCUACUACUUUUCUACCAGCUCCUGCUCUCUGCAUCUCUGCCCUUAAAGCAAUGUGGUGGGCAGCACAUUCCCUUGCUGUUUUUCUUUAGAGGUGGUAUUCUGCCGCAGGGAGAGAGGUUUACACAGAUGCAUCACUCUCCACCUCUCUCUCAGUUAAGCCUAGCUCAGAUUUCCACCUUGGGAUAUGAAACCCAAAGUCGUAAUGGUUGACUUAAAUAUAGCAGGAGAGCAUGGGGCUGCUCUCGGAGGUAAUGCAUCUGAAGGUCAAGUCAAACGGAUGAUAUAAUCCUGAAAACAUCAACAUAGCAGACAUAGUAAAUUCCCUGAAAAAAAAAAAAAUAUGAUUUUGCCCUUACUCAUCCACUCCAGUGGAUCUGCCCUGGGGCAGUGCUCAGCACAGGGCUGGCGGGGGCUGGAGGCAAAGCCAGCAGCUUUGAAGUCCUCCUCUGUUAGCUUAGAAGAUGAAGUGCACUGAAUUGUUAAACUGUCCAGUUGUCAGUCCUUGGUGUUAAACAUGGGAAUGUAUAUAAGCUGUGGCUGUGGUGGGUCGUUAGAGAGGUGGUCUUUCUGCAUCAUUAAGUUUCUACUGUGAAAUAAGCAUAUCUUGAACAGAGCCAUAAGGGUCUGAUCCCACAAAGUGUCCUUUCCUCCCGGGGAGGCUGACGGCAGGCUGCAGCCUUCAGCCGUGCCUUCAGGAGCGCUCAGCACUUUUUCUGAUAUACCUCUGAGCCAGGAGCUUUCAAUGAAAAACUGCCUUUGGAAGGAUUCAGGUCCCUCCCCGUGCAAAAUAAACUUCUAAGACGUGUUAUUUGUACGGAUCCAGAGUCAGGCACCAUUCUGGUACAGUGAGUUUAAGGGUGAAUGAUUACCCUAUGAAAAAAAAAAAUAAAAAUACAACGCAUUAAACUUGACAAAAGACUUCUGUAAUAGCUAUAAAGAUUUAUGUAAUGUGUUUUUAAAGCUCAAGUGAACCAUCAAAUCAAUUGGAAAAAAAGGGGAGAAAAUCAGUCUUUGUUAUUAGACUGUUGAGUAUAAAAGGCAAUUUAGUGCUUUCUAAGCAUUUGCAGUAGCUGUAAAACAAGCAUCUAUUGUUCAGAGUUCCCUGUUGCUCUUUAAUGGACCAGGCUCAAUGAAUUCGCUGGAGCACAUUUUUAAAGUGAGAAAAUUAUCAGCACACAAGAUAACCAAAUGACAAAAUUGCAAAUUCUUGCUUGGAAAUCAACAGGAUAUGUACAGGACACGCUAAUCCCUCCACAGUCUGCAGUUUUAACUCUGACAGUAAAAAGAAGCCAAUAUUCAGAACUACAGAUCCUUAAAGUACAGGGCUAUGUUCUGAUGCUCAAUGGCAGAAGCAGAAAUCAGACAAACAAAUCAGGUCCAUUGAGUUGUUCCAGGGAUGGGCCACAAGACAUGAAGCCGAUAUUGUGCGUACUUUGUGUAACUCAUUUUUGUCAUGGUGGCCAUAUGCAGUGUCUGUCCUUGGAGCAAAUACUGCAGAGCAAAAUCCCUAAUUGUGUGAGGUGUUUGACCUUAAUGCAAGCAGUGUGUGUGGCAAUACACCUCAAAACAUACUAUAUAAAAGGGAAAUUUGAUGGUAGACCUACAAGAAGCUCAUUAGCUUCAUGGGAACUAGAGUUGGUUAUGUGUGAGAAGCACAUCUUUCUUCUGGAAGUUUGUACCUCUGAAUCAGUUCACAUUCUCAGUCAAAAAUCAGUGUCUUGACUCUAGCCUAUUUUUCUGUGUACUAUGCAACUGAGGUGGGUGUAUUUUAAAAACUGGUUCUGAAUGAUGUUUUUGUACCAUGACUGAUUGUGAAUGAGUGAAUAAAUCUAAGAAUGCUGUUAGAAAAAAAAAUGAAUCUUUUUGUAAAUACUGUAAGAUUUGGGGAAAAAAAAAAAAAAAAAAAAAAAAA